CGUUGAUGUCACAAAGUACUUGGAUCAAAUAACUUAAUUAGAAAAACAAUCUAGACUCUGAGUUCAAGUUCAACUUUAGCUAAGCGAGCACCUAAGAAACACAGAAGAACAGCGAACCUCAAGAUAGGUGAAAAAGGCCCGAAAUGAUUUGGAACUUGACAGUAUUUCUGAGCAUGAUAUGGGCUCUGAAUUUACUCUAUGGAGAGUGGUUUGCAUAUUUGGUGCCUUCACUGUGGACCUGUUCUUGGCCUCAUCUUCAACACUCUUCUUCUACUUCUUCGCCGAAUGGAGUUGAUUUUUCGAGUGAUUAUGUGAAGAUUGCUGUUGUGACAGACCCCCAGCUCAUGGAUAAAACUUCGCUGCCUCUUGCCCCAAAAUCACUUGCUCUGGAGAUUGCUCAGUUUUACACGGAUUUAUACAUGCGAAGGGCUUUUCUUUCAUCUGUCUUACCUUUCAAACCAGAUGUUGUUUUGUUUCUGGGUGAUUACUUUGAUGGUGGAUACAAGCUGUCAGAUGAUGAAUGGCAGGAAUCUUUGGGCCGUUUCAGACAUAUUUUCAAUCUGAAUAUGCUUCAGAAAUCUUCGAAAUUAAAAGUAUACUACCUUUCUGGAAACCAUGACAUUGGGUAUUCAGCUUUCAUCUCUUGGAAGCCAGAGAUUGUCAAACGCUAUGACAGAGAAUUUGGUGCUAGGAACUUCAAAGUUAAAAUCGGGAAAGUGGACUUCAUUGCAGUGGAUGCACAAACUUUGGAUGGCCAUCCACAAGGUAGUUUCACAUCAGAUACCUGGAGAUUUGUAAAAAAUGUAUCUGAAGACUGGACUCACUGUGGUCCCCUUCGUUAUUCACCAGUCAUCAAUCAGCGAAUUUACCAUGCAGAUCGGGAUCAAGAAAUACUGUAUCAGAAUUACAUCACUGAAAACUCUUCAAAUGCCCUCCUGGACCAAAUCAGACCCGCACUAGUCCUCUCUGGCCAUGAUCAUGAUCAAUGCACGGUAACCCACAAGUCUAAUAAUAAGCACGGUCCAGUUACUGAGCAUACUGUAGGAACUGUGAGCUGGCAGCAAGGCAACUUGUAUCCUUCUUUCAUGUUACUAUCCGUCAGUAAUUCAAUAAAAGCAGAUGGAUCCAAUUCAGAAGAAGAUUAUAUAUCCACUCACCUUUGCUUUCUUCCCAUGCAAUUACAUAUCUACAUAUGGUAUUUAACUCUGUUUGCAAUGACCCUUGUUAUUGUCCUCCUUUGGCCAGCAAAUGAAGUCCUCAUUUUCAGAAAGUUCGGCAAUCUAACGGUUUCUGUCAGGAGUCUGUAUAACAGCUUGAUUAGUCAUGUGAAGGAGAAAAACGAAGAUGAUAAUUGUGAGUACGAAGAGAUUUGGGAUGCAGAAGGGUCUAUGCACCUUAUCAAGAAAACCAAAAAGGUUUCACAAACAUCCUUAACCGAGGGCUCCUCGGUUGAGAGGGGCAAUGCCGUGAUGCGAUCAAAAGUUCGGAAACAGACGGCACCAGAAGUAGACGGGUCGAAUGCAGAUGUGAGUAUACAUAUUGGUUCAAGUGCUAGAACAAAUAGGUCGAAAGCGAAAAUGGUAGUCUGGAGAUUAGUUCGAGCAUUGAGAGCAUUAAUCACCAUUGCUGCCUUCAAUGUUCCCCUUUAUGUGUUGCUGGUUUUCAAAGAUUGGAUUGACAAAUGACUUCAAUCUCAAUGUCUUUCCAUGCUAUUUUUAUAAAUAUGUAUACUUUCAUUAGAAAAUGUCAUACUUUAAGAAACAAACAUGUAAAGAAGUAUGACAUUUGAUAGUGUAAGUAUACACGUUUGUUUAAAAAGUAUGACGCUGACUCACACAAGAUUUUUUUUUUUUUUUUUUCAUAAAAACAUUUUACUGGUUUUCUUUUUUCCUUUCUUUAUUUUGUUGUUUUAAAAAGCUAAUUGAAACGUGAACUUGUACGUAUUUAUGAAUCGUAUGUGGCAAGAGAAUUGAAUUGCUCGUGAUAGUGUUUUUUCGUUGAUACGUGAAUUUUGUAAAAGAACAGAUAUCUCGCUUCCAUAUUGUCUGUUUCUAGAAAA